AGGACAAAGUGACAUACCGUGUAGUCCGUACUGCAUACGAGCAGCGAAUAUAGCCUUGGACUGGACCUCACAGCAGUGCCCUCACAGACCUUUCAUCCUUGUCAUAUAACACACAGAAAACAUUUCGCAAUGGCGAAGAAACCUGCUGCUCAUUCGGCGGCCUCCAAAACCAGCACACCCGUCGCCGCAGCCAAACCUCCUCCAGCAGCACGGACUGCCUCUGGUUCCAUCUCAACACCUUCAGUCACUCCCUCCAAACCUCUAACUGCGACGUCACUCUCUCCCCGAUCUUCUCCGCAAGAGAUCAUUGUACAUGUAUGGAAUCGAUAUCUUCAGGACACCCCAUCGCGGACGAUGCUGCUCGACACCUUUAUGGUUUGGCUCGUGGUGGUAGGAGGCAUUCAGUUCGUUUACUGCGUCUUGGCUGGCAACUACCCCUUUAAUGCCUUCCUCUCGGGUUUCUGCGCUGCAGUAGGCCAGUUCGUCCUGACAGCUUCUCUACGAAUGCAAACGUCCGAACGACCACCCGCUGGUGCGUCCACAACAGCAAAGAAGACCACAUCAAAAACGGUAGACGCAGUCAGUGGAGAGUUGGUGGAAGAUGGAAAGGUCAGCACCGAGAGAGCCUUUGCCGAUUUCGUCUUUGGCAGUCUGAUCCUCCAUGGCUUCUGUGUCAACUUUAUCAACUAAAAGGCGGGAGGAAAUGGGAUUUGACAUGAGCGCCAUGUACACCACUCAUCAGCAGGAGCUGAAAAGUGGACAUCCAUUUCGGAUAUACAUGGAUUUGCCAGAGAUUGACGCAAAUUGCUCUGCCGAAACGUCCAUAUCACCAGCCGUUGGUCGCACUGCGGUACUCAAGAUCAGCAGGACAACUUCGUUGCCGAUUCCAAGGCCAAAGUAAUGCUAGUCAUGAGACGACCCAGUCAUUCAUCAUUGGCUUGGGCCUCACAUCGGCGCGCACAGCUGGCCGAGCGGAAACCAACAUUGUGUUCGGUUUUCGAUGUAUGAUUAUGCAGAAUUUACCCCAUGAUUCAUUUUGUCCUACGAAGAUAUGGGAAUCCCGUCUAAGGGAGUUUUAGAUGAAGAUCUUCUAGUCAGACAGACCCCUAUUCAUCAUACAUAUGGAGUACGGCACAAGUGGUGUUUUCAAUCCUAGAGUUGAAGUCAGCGAUGACCACACGACUGACUUAGACUUUCCAAAAAAUCGGUUGCAUCUAUUCGGGCGUUUCUCUUCAGGAUUUCGAUAGAGUCUCAUGUUGCUACGUGGGUGAUACUGGAAUCGAUAGGGCUAAGAGAUCUGAAACACGCAACCCCAGAUCCUGUUUCAAAAUGCUUACUUGCCGAAGCCUUC